AUGCACAUUCCGAUCAGCUCCGGCAGAAGAGCGUGGGGGCGGAGCCUGUCGGAAGAGGCGGGGACCGAGGGGCGGAGCCUGCACAAAGGGGCGGGGUUCGCGGGAGCAGGAGGUGAAGGAGGGCGUUCCACUUCCGGGUCAGGUCUUUCCCCGCCCCGUGGUCCGGAACGCGGUCUGAGCAUGGCGAACAGUGGCGGUGCUGGGGCGGCGGGAGCUGCAGGGAAUAUGAAUGCAGUGAAGGAGAAUAUGAAUGCAGUGAGGGAGACCAUGGACGUUCGGCAUCUCUUGUCGGGAACCCUGCGUGCUUUGAACUCCGGCCGCGUCUCCCGCCCUGACCUGUCGCCCGGCUCCCGACAGCCCCACCCCGGGAUCCGCGCACCCUGGCAUCCCGCCGCCGCGCCCCGGUCCUCCCCCGCCCCGCGCUGCAAGGACCUGAGCCUGCAGACCAGAGAGGGUGUGUCUGGUCGUUUGCACUUAGUUCUGCUUGAGAUGUCAAGAAUUUUGAAUACGGGCUUAGAUAUGGAAACUCUGGCUAUUUGUGUUCGGCUCUGUGAGCAAGGAAUUAACCCAGAAGCUUUAGCAUCGGUUAUUAAGGAACUUCGCAGGGCCAGUGACGCGCUAAAGGCAGAAAGAGCUUUUGAGACCCGGAAAAACAAAGUAGUGGAAUUGGGGCUCUCACAGGUUUUAUUGCACAUAGUCCCAGAGUUUGUAGCUCAGAAAAGCAGUGUUUAUGGCCAAGAUGCCUGA